AUGAAAAAAUUAGGAGACACUCAAACAAACCCAUUCAAAGGGACAAUUGACUAUAUUAAUGACACUCUUGAUUUGAAUAUAACAAUACAUUAUACUGAUCCCUAGUUCGCAGAUGCUGCAAAUAAAGGGAUUACAGAAGGAGAGAAUGCUGCUUCAUGUCUAUCACUUAACCUAUAUAAAUAUCCUAAUAAGAACUAUGAUACGUAAGAUUUAUCCUCUUACACUAUCAAUUACAUCAAUGAUAAUUUAAGUGUAAGAGCAUAUUAAUUCAGCAUUCCAAGCAAAGACUUUGUAAAAGAACUCUAAUUAUCAGAAGAUGGAACCAGCUACUUUUUCAAUGGUUAUUUUAGCUUGAAUUUUAACAUUGAAAGUAAUUUACAAAGAGUUAUCUUUUUCGACUUCUUUGUUGGGAUAGAGAGAACAUCAACUGGAAAAAGGGAUACAACCUUUGGAAGUUUGAGUUCAUCUUAAAAUCUUCCUUGCUAAUCGGAAUGUACAACAUCAGUUACAAGUUCACUUUAAUUCUGUCCUGAUUAAAUGUGUGAAUCCACAAUUGACAAACCUGACUUAUAUUUAAAUGAUCAGAUAUGGCUUAAACAUACUCUAACUAAGUAAGGAACAGAAAACUAUUACUUGAUCAAUCCGGAAAUAUAUUUCACAGGAGAUAAGCUGUUCAAAAAAGCAGAUAUUAAAGAAUAAGUAAUAUCCUAAAAAGGAUAUGCCAUGUAUUUGAUUAAUAUCGAGAUUGCAUGGACACCUAUAACAAUAUCAGCAAAGGCUAUGGUAUCUUCAAUAGCAGGAUCAAGAAUAUUACAUGAAUAAUCUCGAUUAUUAGAACUAGCUUAGACAUCAACUAUAGGAAUUACUCCAGAGAUAGGAUGUGUUAAAGAUAAAGAGACUAAUGAAUGCAUCAAUUGUGAUUAAUCAUAGAAUGUUAAUAAUUAUGACCUACCUUAAUUAGAUGGAUGUCCAUUGAAUGCUAAUAUUUUGAUUGUUGGAACAUUGAUUUUAGUUUGUUUUUUCAUUUGA